UUUCUUCCCACUUUUUCUUUCUAAUUUUACGACAUCGCUUCGCUAUCUAUGCUCUUUAUGAUUGUCCGCUUCAAAACAUGCUCACAACUACCACCACCACCACCAACACUACCCCAACCACAAUCAAACUAUCCACACCGUUACCACAACCAAACCACAAUUCACUAUGCAGCACCACAUCAACCCUAUCGGUCGGCAGCACUGGUAGUCAAGCGCGUUUGAUACAAUCAUCCCAUCCGCCAUCGAGCUAUCAGCCAGUUCUCAUGAAAGAUUUAGGUAAGACUUACUCAAUAACAAACGAACUAUCGUCUUCCCCUCAAGCAGAGUACAUGGAAGCCACUGCGUCAGCGACAGUGAGCUCUUUGUCCGCAGCUAUGGAGGCCUCGGGUCAAAUGAUGUUUAUGAUCGAAGAGAUGGGCAUAGAAGUCGGCGAGAUGGACAUGGAGGAGGAGGAGGAGGAGGAGCGUGGAGAAGAGAUGGAUUACGUGCUCGAGUCGGAUUUGCAAGCUGCAUCCGUAGCAGCAGCUUUUAAUUUAAGUUUAGGUAGUAGUGGUAGUAGAGCAAUAACAAUUAGGGGUGGUGAUAUGGCUAACACAGGUAGUCGUAACGGUAAUAAUUUACAUCGUGUCCCUACUCCCAAGCGUUUGUCUCCUAGACAAUCGCCCAAAGCAGAUAUUGAAGUAAUAGAAAUUUUUGCCAACGAGCUAAGUCAGUUGACCGCCGCUGAGCAAGUAUCGGUUGUGCAUCAUUCGGGAAAAGAGUCUUCCAAAAAGUCAAGCAUGCGCCAGGCAAGUGUCAGUAGUGGUAGCAGUAGCAACGGUGCUACGGCUUCCGCUAGCGAUGCAAUAACUCAUGUAGUAGACAAACACUUAAGUGAUCUGGAACACGAACAGCUCACUGACGCCACAUACGAUAUCGCCGCUUACAUGGCCAACCUUAAGGAGCAGGCACUCGAAUCACAAGAUCUGCAAAUGGACACACAGGAUCAGCAACAGAAUGACUCAAGUCUUUCGCCGGAGCCGCAGACAGUAGUAGAAAAUACCCAGCAAACGGUAGUGGCUGAAAUCGAAUCUCCCCCUCGACCCGCCACAGAAUCUGACAGCACCGGAACAACGACAGGUACUUCCGAAAAGUCGGAGGACGAAUCGGAAGACGCUACGUCAACGGGUGCGCACCAUGUUAUCAUUGACAAGAAGGUAGAUAAGGUGUUCAAGUCCAAGCCCUCGGAGAAGGCACAAAAAUCGAGUAGUGGUAGCAGUAGCAGCAUUGCUAGUACUGGCACGAAAUCGAAAACGACGAAGUCGCCACGUCAGAGUAUCCACAUUUCACCCGACCGCUCCAAAUCGCAAGGUAGCUCGCCCGUACGCAUAAUAAAGAUAAAAUCACCUCGUUCUAGUGUCAGUGAGCAGGGUAAGCGAUUAAGUGCUAGUUCCAGCCGCGACUCCUCAGCCGAUCGCCUUUCCAGCGGACGGCGCACUCCCAGCCCUCGUCGCAGCUCGGAAGCUAGUGGAAUACUAAAGCGACCCACCAGCCCAGCUGCUGGCAUACUGAAGCCUCCGCCAAGCCCCAGCAAGUCGAAGAGUCCUGACCGAAGCUGCCUGAAGAAACUCGCUCCCGCACACGACUGCAGCGUCGAGUCACUUUCCCCACAUAUUUCGCCACGCGACAGUAUUGAACACCUAUCGCCCGAUCGUGCCAGCACCAGUCUCUGCCAGCGGCAUUCGCCACGUAGCAGCUUCGACAGCCGCAGCUCUGAGCCAACUCUUGAUAUACCACGCUCGUCGCUAAAAUCACCACGCGGAAGUUUCGAAUCGCGUUCUCCUGACCGCUGCAGUCGCAAGCGCAGUCAAUCCGCGCAUGGCAGCUUUGAAACCGGACAACGCGCUGCAGCGCUUGCUGCUUCCGAAGCCUACUACCAGUAUUACCCGAUAUAUGAUAAUCAGACCUGUAGUGAUCAUUAUAUUUCAGCAGCUACAACCAGUAUGCAACGAGAAGCCGGCACUUCCACGACAAGUACGCGUCGCUUAAGCAAAUCCUUGGAGCGUUCAACAUCGCGUGAAAGCACUACAAGCAGCUCGUAUCGUUACGGCGUUUCACCCGAACGCAUUUACACAAUCAACACAAUGGGUACUGGUCCCUUGCGUUCGCAAUCGGCUGAAAACGCAUUUGAACGUUAUGCCUACGAUCCGCACACGGGGCAACAUUAUCAAAUGCCAGCGCAAGAAUCGGCCACUGCCGCUCCACCUGCCGCCUUCAUGUACAGCCACGAACCACAGUGUCCACACGAGCGUAUCGCCGCAUACCAGCUCAGCUCGUCUGCGCCCGAAUACACGACAUGUAUUGACUGUCUGUACCAGAAGAGACCCUCCUAGCAUAAGGCCCGCGUGCGGCAGAGUCGUACGCGGAAGAAGACACCACGUGGCGUAGUUCAACCACCGACGGCAACGGCGUCGGGUAUGAUUUGCGCGGCCAGCUUUGAUCCGGAGGCGGCCGUUGCGGCGGGUGCCAGCGAGGCAAGCGGUUGUGUGGAUUGUCACGACUACUACGAGAUACACGUUUAAAUGGAAAUUAAAUAACUGAAAUGAAAUACAUACACAUUUAAAAAAAAAAAAAGUAUCUAAACCUAAAAGAAAAUCUUACUUGUGCAGUCCUUACAUACGUACAUCACCAUCAGAACCAUCAGAAAUGAACUUGUUGCCAUCCAAAGGUCCUCAACUAAUAAGUUUACAUAUGUAAAUAUUUAUGUGCAUAUGUGUAAACGUAUGUAUUUAUCUUUGUUGUUUGUCACAGGGAUUUUUGAAAAACUAAUCUAUAUAUAAGUAUCGCAUAUAUAUAUGUACAUGUUUGUAUACCAAGAAUAGGUUCUUCAAGUGUUCAGAAUAAGGAUUAGUAUUUACUACAAGUACGUGUAAAGUGAUGUCCUCAAUACUUUUUGUUGCCUUUGAAUUAUUACACCGUGUGAAAAAAAACAAGAAAAAAAUUCAAAACACACGAAACAAUGGGCUAAAUAUAGUAAAGCUACGUUUUUAUUUUUUCACGCUGACGU